AACAUCGCCCGGGCACUGUGACACGCUCCAAGGAAUCGCAGCUUCGGGACACAAGAGGCAAAAAGUCCUUGAGGGUCCUGAGGGGCAGAAAUAGGCCUUCCUGUUUGAGCCGUCAGGACUCCUGGAUCCGGCCCAGGCCAGAGCGUGGGAGGAGUGCAGAGAGGCCUUUAAAACCCAAGGGCCCAGCCCCUGUGUCUUCUGCAGGCCUGAGGCAGAGAGAAGGUCUCCCUGAACCCCAGAGAUGAACGGCCUUCUCCCACUGGCUUGGUUCCUCAUUUGUAGUGUUCCUGCUGUGCCCGGGGGCUUGCUGGAGCUCAAGUCCAUGAUUGAGGAGGUGACCAAGAAGGACGCCCUGAUGAGCUAUGGCUUCUAUGGCUGCUACUGCGGCUUGGGCGGUCAGGGGACCCCCAGGGACGGCACCGAUUGGUGCUGUUGGGUGCAUGAUCACUGUUAUGGGCAGCUGGAGGAGAAAGGCUGCCAAAUCUGGACACAGCCAUAUACAUACAGAUUUGCACGGGGACUGGUCACCUGCGGGUCUGGGUCCUUCUGCCAACAGCAGCUCUGCACCUGUGACCAGAAGCUUGCCCACUGUCUAAAGAGGAACCUGAGGAGCUACAACACUUGCUACUUAUACUUUCCCCAAGUCUUCUGCUGAUAGAGGCUUUUUUCCCCUUCUCCUAUAUCACGGAGCUCACUCAUGCUGCUGGGCUCUUUGCUGUUGGGCUCUUGAGAGAGGCUCCUGAUCUCAGCCCUCCUUCUCUCUCCAUGGCCCACGGGGCUCAGAGGAGCCCCAUGGCCACUCUUCAUGCUGCACAGAGUCCCAGGAGAGGGACUCUGCUGGUAGGACAUGGUAAAGUCAGGGUCCCUGACCUCCGCUUGUGAGCUCACCCCUAGCUCCGGGCCGGCUAUCUCCCCCUUACCCUGAAGACAGCACCACCCCCCAAUCCAGGAAGAUGCAUUUACUUUUCAGUUUCUGCAAUCUUGGAUUCUCACCACCACCCUCUAGAGAGUGUGCCAUACAAAUAUUAAAUAAAAUUUAUUCUUAAGACAAAAUCACACAGGCAUUUUCCUCUGCUCCGGGGAAUUGCCUGCACCCCUUCUCCCUCUGCCACUGGGGCUCUGGAACCCAACUCUACUGUAGACUCUCAGGAACAGAGAGUAUGGGUUCAUAAAUAGAAGCUUUUAGGGGACCAGGGGCACCUGGGUGGCUCAGUGGGUUAAGCCUCUGCCUUCAGCUUAGGUCAUGGUCUCAGGGUCCUGGGAUCCAGGCCCGUGUCAGGCUCUCUGCUCAGCAGGGAGCCUGCUUCCCCCUCUCUCUCUGCCUGCCUCUCUGCCUGCUUGUGAUCUCUCUCUCUGUCAAAAAAAUAAAUAAAAUCUUAAAAAAAGAAAAAAAAAAAAAGAGAAGCUUUUCAGGGACCAGAUCCAAGUCUCCUUUGGAGUUCAUCUCCUUACUCCUUGGGAGGGCCUCUCCAGCCAAGCACUGGGUUUCAUUCUUCCUUGAGGAGGUGGGAAGAAGAUGCUUGGGAAUCAUGCCAGCUUGGGCUUCUGGGCCAGCGAGGGUCACGGUCAAAUCCCAGCACUGGCUUCUCCAGCCGUGUGGUCUCAGGCUUGUUACCAAACCUCUCUGACUUCCAGUUUGUUUUAAAAAAGAAAUGAGCUCCUUGAUAUGAGGAAGUGGAGAUGCAACAUAGGGGGUUU